CCGGACCUGGUGGCAUUCCUCCCGGGUAUGGAGCAGCUUCCCAGAGGUCCCGUCGACAUCUGGAGCACCAUCUCGCUCAUCGUAGAUAUAAGGGACGAGAGUUCCCCAGACCACCUUGCGAGCGGGCACCCCGACGCGGUGAGAGCGCGGAUGCGCCUCAUACGGUUCGCAGGGCACCACCUCGCCAACCACAACGCGCUGUGCUCGUUUGUGCUCUCGGUACGGGGGUCGCAUAUGCGAGUCUAUCGCUUCGACCAUGCGGGAUGCAUCGUGUCGCCCGCGCUCGACUGGGCAGCCGAGCCUGAUAUGCUGCGCCAGUUUCUGUGGUCUUUCGUCCAUCCCCCAACCAACACGCAGUUCCUCGGGUUGGACGAGUAUUGCACCUGGGCCAGCAGCGAGGACCUUCGCUGGGCGCAGAGAGUAUCCCGUGAUGCUUGGGAUAUCCACGACGUCGACAGCAACCGGUGGAUCAAGUUCCCGUUCAUGGGCUGGGAGGUAGAGUUCCUCACCUUGCGGAUCCGGUCCAUGUCGGAUGUGACCUUCGGGGGAGCGACCUGCGUAUGGGAGGCCCUUAAGAGGGGCGACGAGAGCGGCAAGAGGUACAUCAUCAAAGAUACCUGGCAACCAUUCACCCACCAGGAAGAGAAGCGGUUCUAUGAGUGCAUCCGGCGGCCUGAUUGGCGCGUGGGCCGCCCGACGUUCGGUGUCGCUGGGUACGUGCACGGGCUAAACUACGGUCUGGUGACACGUAUGGGCGAACACUCCUUGCACCGAACUGAGAGUGCGCGUCUUCGUCGCGGCAUAAGGGAUACCAUGCGGGGAGAGCGUUGUCACGUGCGCAUUGUCACGGACACGGUCGGUAAGAACUUGAACGAGUUCGAGCGUUCGAGAGAGUUGAUCGAGGCCAUCCGCGACGCUAUCAAAGGUCACCUACACGCCUACGAGACCGGGGUACUCCACGCCGACAUCAGCAACGGUAAUGUUCUCAUCGCUCGCGACAAACCCUUCAAAGGGUUCAUCCACGACUUCGACAUCAGCGCCUGGAUAGACAGCUCAGCCGACGGGGGCGCCGAGUUGCCACCCGCGCUGCGAGACCUCUCCCAGAAACAGCUGAGGCUCGUCAUGGGAACACCGCGGUUCAUGGCCAUCGAGAUUUUCGAGUCGAUUAGAGAGCCCAUCGUCCGCAACGCCGGCCACGACCUGCAGAGCUUCUACUGGGUCACCCUCUGCCAGGUCCUCGAAUGCAUGGACUACUACACCGGGGACUUGAACAAGACGAUCCACGAUUUAUUCGUCACGGACAACUGGGUGGCGAUGACGAAGAACAAGCGAGCGUGGCUCGCUCGGGAUCCACACGGGCUGUUCUCCGGCAACGAUCCGCUCGCCUUCCUCAUGCGCCGCCUGCACGAGCUUGUCAGUAAAAGCAUCCGCUCGUACAGCAACCCCGACCCGAUACGACUGACUCACCAGUCGAUCCUCGCGGUCUUCGACGAAGCGUUGGCCAUGGACGGCUGGCCAGAGGACGACCGGUCACUC